AUGGAUUUAUCCAUAACUGAAGUUGGGGAGUCCUUCAACUCGGAGAAUACAAAGAGACAGCAGCCUUUUGUCUGUGAAAUCUGUGUUGAACCCAAGGCAGCAGCAUCCGAGUGGUUUGGCAUAAAAAAUUGCAGCCAUGCUUAUUGUAUUGACUGCAUGGUCCGUUACCUGGCCUCCAAGCUUGAAGAGAACAUAACAAGCAUCCGGUGCCCCGACCCAGAUUGCACAUCAGGGCUCCUAGAUCCCGAGCAUUGUCGUUCGAUCCUCCCCCAGGAGGUGUUUGAGAGGUGGGGAGUUGCCUUGUGUGAGGCUGUGGUUCCUGCCUCUCAUAAGUUUUACUGUCCCUACAAGGAUUGCUCUGCAAUGCUAAUCAUUGAUAAUGAUGGGAAGAAAGGGAUGAUCGUAAGGCAAUCGGACUGCCCCCAUUGUAGGAAAUUGUUCUGCGCGCAGUGUAAGGUUCCUUGGCACGUAGGGUUUGAGUGUGCCAAGUUUCAGAAGUUGAACAAGGUUGAGAGGGAAAGGGAGAAUAUGUUGAGAAACCUUGCGAAGAAGGAACAAUGGAGGAGAUGUCCCAAUUGCAGGUUCUAUGUGGAAAGAUCGUGGGGUUGCAACCUCAUCCAAUGCAGGUGCAAAACUAAGUUCUGCUACGAAUGUGGUGAACUUUACAUCAAUUGCAAUGGCGAAGCCAUGAAUUUAAGUAAGAGAGGCACCCUUUAG